UUCUCUCUCUCUACGCAACCAAAAUAUCCCAUAAAAACCCAUCCUUACUCUGCAAUUUAUGUGAUCCAAUCCAAACCCAAUGGCUACGGCAUCCGAAGCCCAAGAUAAAACGGUAACCGGCUAUCCGGCUCAGUCUAGCCAUGUCGUCGCCGGUUACCCAGCUGGCACUAGCUACCCCUAUGCGGCUCCGCCGCCGCCACGCCCCUACUCCAACACCUUUCAACCGUUCGGCGUCACCCAGCCGCGCCGAGCCGAGCGCACUAUCCUCUGCCGCUUAAUAAUCGCGAUGGCGGUGGUCCUGUCCAUCUUCAGCGUUAUAUUUUUUCUCACCUGGCUCAUUCUCAAACCCCACCUCCCCGAGUUCCGAGUCGACUCAGCCACCGUGUCCCCACUCAACGCGACUCAAUCCGAGUUGACAGCCACCUGGAACUUCACCCUCUUCUCCAGGAAUCCCAAUUCCAAGCUCAGCAUCUACUAUGACCGCCUUCAGGCCUCGGUCCACUACGAUGACGACCUUCGAAUUGGAACGACGACGUUGCCUCCCUUCUCUCUGAAGAAGAAGAACGAUACCAGGCUCAGUUUCGAAGUCGGAGCGGUCAGCGAGUACGUGGGUCAGGAGGCUGUGAAUGAAAUUUUGGAUGGAAAGGCUCGUGGGUCGGUGAAAUUUGGGGUCCGAUUGUUGGCUUGGGUUAGAUUUAGGUCCGGGUUUUGGCGGAUGAGGCCGCACUUGUUGCGGGUCGACUGCAGCCCGUUGGAAUUCGGGUUUGGCCGGAAUAGUGUGACGGGGACUUUGAAGGGUCAAUCGACGGCGUGCGAAGUGUAUCUGUGAAUGAAAUUGAAAUGGUUCAUCCUUUGGCAUUGUAUCGACGUAAUACUGAUGAGUGGUGGCAACAUAAAUUACUAGGUAACAAGUUUGCCAGCAGAAUAUUGCAAUACUAUUGGCUUUAAGGGAACAACAAGCCUGCAAGUUACGCAAUGAAGGUAAGCUUAGAUAAGUUUUUGGCAAAGGCUUGAGGAGGCCAAAUAGACCCAGCUUAUUGGUACUGGUACGAAUUUAAGAUGAAGCUAAAAUCACUUGCACAUAAAUUUUUCUAAGAUGUGGCUAAAACCAGUUACACUCUAGAGUGGCUAUAUAUGUUUGUGAUGUUUUCUUUUUGAUGGAAUUACCGGUGGAUGGUGAUGUAAUCAAAAUUCUUUGAUGUAGAACUUAUCUUUGAGGUAUUUGUUGAAAUGAUUAGAACAUGCUUGAACA